AUGCCCAUGCUGAACUAUAGCUCAACAGCGGCUGAGGUCUUCUUUCCUGUGUCUCCAAUGAAUGCAUUCACACCCACCGAAACACCCGUCGUCCGCCCAUUGAACAAGCGCACCAGCCGAACCUCAUCUCUCUGGGCGCCGGCCGUUCAGCAGCACGGCGCUGACGGUGUUGGUGUGAGUGCGCUGGGUGGUGGGCUGGGGAUGGGCGUGGGUAUGGGUGGUGUUGCUGGUGCUGGUGGCGAGAGCGUGCCGAGCGGUGGUGCUGGCGUAGCUAUCAACGUUCCUGCCAUGAGGUACGCAAACACCAACACGUCACACGCCAUCCAUCGCCUGCCGCGUAUUCGUGUGUUGUGUUGUCUUGUGUUGUGUGGUGUGCUCUUUGAUGCAAUUCGGAGCGUUUGGGACUUCGUUCGCGACGAUAACACCACACUGCCAGAGGUCCGCGCAGACAAUCAGAAGACUCGGGCGUUUUGCGUGUGUUUGCAGGUGUCAUCGUUGCCUACAUUUUAUAUCCAUUAGACGGAUGGCAUCGAUCCUCACAGACACACACAGAGACACACAGCACAUCGACACACACAGAGGCGCAAUUUGUCUUGUGUUGUUGUGUGUAGGACGGCUCAUUAACGAGCUGCAUCGACCUUCGUGGCGAACAGGACCGCACACCAUUCGCCACAUUAGCAGACGAGAUGCUUCACUCGCCCGCAUAUGUUUGUGCUGUGUACCUGUUGCUGAUGUCCAGGUAUUCGCAGAGAAAGGGCUGAUCCGCAAAGUGGCUGGACUCGGGACUGCGAGACAGACGACCACCCGAGAUACUCACAUCAACAGGCCGAGACACAAAAUGACCGAAGUGAUGGGGCGACUGCCAUUUGCAUCGUUGCGGUGAAGCCGGUCUAUGGGGUAAGCGCCACUGAGUGAUCACAUUACAUCAAUCUCCCAUCUCUGUCCAUCUCUCAGGCGGCUGGGGAGGGCCUCCACGACCCGUGGCAGGACCUGGAUUACGGCCAGCUGCGUGGCGCCGACGACGGGCGCAGGCUCGGCUACAGUGUCAUACCACCCGCGCCCAAACCCAUCGGCAAUCGCACAAGUAUGAAAGUUGCCCACAACACGCACCUCCCUCUUAUCGUGUGGGUGACCUUUCACUCAUCGGUCUGUUGAUGUCCUGUAUGUCACCUUCAGCGACGGAUCGCAAGCCGUUGGAGGAGGCUUGUGCAAAGGUUCCCACGCCACAGCGAUGAAUUGAUGGGGCACAACACAUCAGAGGCAUCGAUCCAUCGUUCGUGUGUGCGCUACUUGUGCAGUGUGGUGCCCGGGUACUACGGCGCCCCUGCAGCUGCCGCUGCCGUGCCCGGAAGACAUCUCUAGCCAAGGCGCAGCAGGGCUCGACGGUGGACGAGUUGUGUUGGAUAUACGAUGGCAUUCCCGAGUGGGUAAGCGAUCCAGUGCAUUGAGAAUGAGAUGCAUGAAGGGCGGCUCAUUCAUGGCGCUGCAUUGCAUGGCGGUCUCUCUCUCUCUGUGCAAUGGACUGUGUGUGCAGACUCGUUUGUGUGAGGAGGGUCGGCUGAGGGCGUCGCAGCUCCAGACGUACCGGAACAUCGAGGCCCAGGUUGUUGCCAAGAAGAAAUCAGAGCUCAAGAGUGAGCACUGGAUAGACGAACAGAAUGCCAUUGAAUGGACCCACUCGACUCAAAUCGUCCAUCUUGCCUUGCCUCUUUCUCUGUCUGUGUGUGUGCUGCUUGUGCCUCAGGCUGGUAUGGGUACCCCACGUACUACAGCCCCACCCACAACUACGGUGCAUCGACGGCCAUGUGAGCGGCAUCCACACACACAUUCACACACACACACACACAUUCACACACACAUUCACACACAUAGGCAGGCGGAUGGAUGGAUGCACCACUUGCCCUUGCUCUCUUGGUUGGUGCAGGACCCUGGGCGUGCCUGCAGCGGCUGCCGCUGGCAACUACUACGGCUAUGGCUACACCAACAUACCGGGCAUGGGGGGCGGUGCUGCCGGCGGUAGUGGCGGGUGGGAGUGGUAUUCGGGCGCGCCAGGGCCUCCCCAGCGGCCCCCCCACUUCAAGAAGAAACCCUGCUGCGGCUGAUGAAGAGCUAGACACAUACAUACUCACAGGGGGG